GGCGCGCAGGCCGUGGCAGGAGAGCUGGUUUCAUCACGGAGUCGUUUAAAAAAUAUCCACAAUCCACGGAAGGACAAUCAGAAGAGAUUAAAUAGCAAAACGCAUAACAGGAUUUCCCUUUCGUUUUUAAAAUCUAAACGCGGUUCGUAGAGAUUUUGUUGAGACGUUGCAGGGGCCUGCGUCACGAGUUAAAAUCGGUAAUUGCUGAGAUGAAAUUUGUUGCGAUCGUGGCGGGGGCCGGAGCUCUCGCGUUCCUCGGCGCGCUCGUGUGCAUCGUGGCGAGCGUUUACUCGCGCGCCCCGGCCGCCGCCCUGCAGCCUCCCGCGGCCGCCAACGGCACCGCGUCCCCAGUCCCCAGCGGCUCUCUGGGUGCGCUGUACGGUGCAGACACGAGCGAAAGGAAGAUUCUGACGGGCGCCGGAACGGGCCGCGAAACGCCGCUCCUAGGUGAGCUGAGCGCCGGAGGCAGUCCGCAGCGCUUCACCUUCAGCCGCCUCCUGUGCUCGCCCGUACCGCCCGGUGAAUGCGCGAUGAAGCGCCGCAGACGCGACAAAGAGGUGGAACAGCAGGCCGAAUACGACGAAGAAGACUGGAGUGCCCUAAGCGCGACCGCCGAGGAGCUCCGGCGCACCGUGGCGCUGCAGAGCGAGCAGAUCGCCGCUGACCGCAAGACGAUCGACGAGCUCACCGGCAAACUCGCCGAGUGCGAGAGCGCGCUGCUGGAUGAGCGCACCGUGACGGAGCGCGGAGCCGCCACAUCAUGGCCCGCACGGCGCCGUCUCAUGGCCGGGGAUGGCGUGCGGGAGUCCACCGCCGCACAACUGCACACCGCCCGGGCUGUCGAGGAGCUCGAGAGAGCCAUCCUCCAGCUCAAAGACCGCAUCGAGAAGCUAGAGCUGGAGAUGGUGCCUGCUUUGCUGAACCACUCGGAGGUGGCAGCAGGCUCCACUGGCAUGAGGUUGGCACUGGGCCAGCCUGGUGGGCGGGUGGAGGAUGUGGGCGGAGAGCUCGUGCAGAAGGUAAAGCAGCUGGAGGAGGAAAGAAAGAACCUACGCAAGGAGACACAGAACCACCACCAGCACAUCGACCAGGGCAUCAGCACGCUGCAGGAGCGCAUCUCAGAGCUGGAGCAAAGUUUUACCGGUCAGAGUUUCCCACAGGGCUACAAGCUCUCCUUCCCCAUGCGGACCAACUACAUGUAUGGCUUGGUGAGACGGAACGUUCCGGAGAUGUACGCUUUCACGGCUUGCAUGUGGUUGAAGGCGACCGAAAGCGGGAUCGGGACACCGUUCUCGUACGCCGUGGACAAGCAGCCCAACGAGCUCGUCCUCCUGCAAGGUGUCCAUAAUCCAGCCGAGCUGCUUAUUAAUGCUAAGGUUGCACAGUUACCCCUGAUGUUCCCACCUGGCACCUGGCAGCACGUGUGUGUGAGCUGGACUCUUCGUGAUGGCGUCUGGAAGGCCUAUCAAGGGGGCAAGCUCAAGGGGCGGGGUGAAGGGCUGUCAGCAUGGCAUCCAAUCAGGGCAGGGGGUGUGCUGGUUCUGGGGCAAGAACAGGACACGCCGGGAGGACAGUUUGAUGCCUCCCAAGCUCUGGUGGGUGAGCUGUCUCUGUUUAACCUGUGGGACCGUGUCCUGUCGCCAGCUGAGAUCAACACCCUGGCGGCCUGUGGUGAGCCUGUGCUGCCGGGGAACGUGGUGUCGUGGACAGAUCGAGACGUGGACGUUUUCGGAGGAGCCACCAAGGAGCCUGUAGAUCCCUGCUCCAGUGACACUGGACCCCAGAAAUGAGGGAUGUGUUUAUUUGGAAUGGUCACUGUGGUACAUUAUUCAUAAUCCAGUCACGCUCCAUGUCAGUGUGUGUGUUUGUGUGUGUGUAAGGAUCUGCAGAGCCAAAUGACCGGAACUGCGAAGUGCUUAAAAGCCACUGUGUAUCUUCCUGUGUGUGUGUAAUCGCCUUGUAGCGGGUGUGAUGUCCCCUCACGUCAUUCCCACACUGAUCCAUUUCCACACGUUUCUCUGUAAGAUCAAUAUUUUCCUUCCGGAUCCUUCCCUGCUGACCGUGUGUUUUUCCUUUUUGAUUUUUUGACGGUGUAACUGUGAUUGUAGCGGCCUUGACUUAAAAUUCACUGCACUCUUACUAGAAGCAAGCGUCUGAUUCCGAAUCGAUUUUAUUUCUCGCUCUCAGACCUUGCGUGACCAUUUUCUUUCUUUCUUCUGCCGUGUAACGUUUAGGCAUAACUUUUUCGAAUCAUGUUCUCGAUCUUCUGCUUAUAAUUUUUACAUUCGAAUUUUUUGUGGUGUUUGUUUAAUAAACGACUCAAUCGGUAUGACUUAGACUUUCUGUUCUUUAUAUAAUGAAUAAAUGCUUUAUCGGAGUGUAUGAUUUACACAGAUAUUUGUAGGAAUUUUUAAUAUCAGUUUCUAUUCCUAAUUGGAUUUUUAAUUCUAGAUAUGUAUGAAUUUGAGUUUCUUAUUUGCUCCUUUUUUUCCUCUAAAAUUAGUGCUGUUUAUUAUUAUUAUUAUUAUUAUUGUUGUUGUUGUUAUUAUUAUAAUUAUUGUUAUUAUUAUUAGUAUUAUUAUUUUGUGCUAGAAUCAUUUUUUAAGCAUUAUAUCAGUGUGUUUAAUGUAUAGAGCAGAUGACAUCCAUUUUCUAAUUUCGUAAACUGAUAUUUAUUUAUUUAUUUAUUUAUUUAUUUAUUUAUUUAUUUACCAUGCUGUGAGGAGAGCAGGAGGAAGUGCUUGCUUGGGUAGACACGCCCACUUUACUUUUGCCUCUUUGGCUGUUAGACACUGGCGACUUGCUGUGAUGUCACUGUAGCGCUUUAUCCGUACACUGUUUGCACCGCAAUGGAUUUUUUUGAUUCUCUUGUGAACUAUGUGGAUGAUAUAUAAAAAAAACCAAAAAAAAAAAAAAACAAUGAUGGGAAACGA